UACAUUUGUUACUACAGGUACAACAUUUGGAAGUCAAGCCCAGGACCAUCAGCUAACAUGUGUCAGUGUGGCAUGUCCCCUCCUGUGGGUGGUUUGGAACCUCAGUUCCUGCCAGACAAGAGACCGGAUAGUGGUGGAACUGAUAUGAGAAGUUUGCAGUAUAGUCGUCUGCGUGAGGAACUCACUAUGGAAGGAGAACAGCUCUUGUCAGACCUAAGCUACAUGCAGCAUCUCUAUCAAGGGUCAGACUGGCAGGAUGACACAACACCACCAGAGGAAUCUCUAGUAGAUUGGAGCAUUGAACAAGAGGAACUGGAUGGUGAUAGGAAGCUGUGUUGCUUGUCUCCAACUGAGGACUCAACCCAGGAAAUGAUGAUGUACGGCGAGGAUACUGGCUGCCCUCAGAGUCUGCCAGUCUCUCAGUCAUCAGUGAAGAAAACAAAGUCUGUCGAUUUUCGCACUUCAUCUCCAGCCAUCGCUUUCCCCAGAUUGGCUCUUCUGUCUAAAGAAUUGGAAGAAGAAUGGAAGCAAAUCGAACGACCUUUCAAUGCAAAGGCAGUCCAGAAGGACCGCAAACGGAGGCAUUCAGCAAGUCAACGAGCAUGCAUCUACUUUCUUGAGGGCAGUUGUAGGCGCCCACACUGCCGCUUCUCUCAUGACUUGGCCACUGUCCCAUGCAGGUUCUGGGUGGACUCAUCUUGCUUGAAGGGAAUUGCCUGUCCGUUCCUUCAUGGCAGCGCUCAGGCUCUGCGACCCGUCACUUUGUAAAGGUAAAAUCUCUUUAGGCAUUAACAUUAAUAAUUUAAAGAAAAUUAGGUCAUAAUAAGGUAAAUAACUUGACUUACAUGUUUGUAAACAUAGAAAUAUCUACACAAGCCUUGGAAUAUGAUCCAAUGUAAGUGAAGUAGGACAUUGUCAGUCAAGAUUUGCCAUCUUCGAGGGGGUUACUUUAUGAUGUAUUUUGAAAUACUUGGGGAGCAGUUACUGCUGUAUUCAUAUUACAUACUGAAAGUUGCUGUCAGCUGGAAUGAGAUGCAUUCCCAUAUUGAGUGUUACCUAUAUGAAUGCUGUAUUAUGAUAUGAUAGCCCAAUAUAAAGAUGUACAUUAUCAAAACUCAUCUGACAGCAACUCUUCUUAGGAUAAA